CUGCUGGGGGCUCGGCCCCGCCCCCGGGCGCCAGGGCGGGCGGUGAUUGGUGCAGGCGCGGCGAGGCCCCGCCCCCGCGGCGCAGGUUCGGGUGAGAGGCGAUCGCGGCCGGAGCGGCACCGGGAGCGGCACCGGAGCGGGAGCACCAUGAUGGCCAACGCGGCCACCAUGCGGAUCCUCAUCAAGGGGGGCAAGGUGGUCAACGACGACUGCACCCUGGAGGCCGACGUCUACAUUGAGAACGGCAUCAUCCAGCAAGUGGGGCGCGAGCUGAUGAUCCCCGGCGGCGCCAAGGUCAUCGACGCCACCGGCAAGCUCGUCAUCCCGGGCGGCAUCGACACCAGCACCCACUUCCACCAGACCUUCAUGAACGCCACCUGCGUCGAUGACUUCUACCACGGCACCAAGGCAGCGCUGGUGGGGGGCACGACGAUGAUCAUCGGGCACGUCCUGCCCGACAAGGAGACGUCGCUGCUGGACGCCUACGAGAAGUGCCGCAGCCUGGCCGACCCCAAGGUGUGCUGCGACUACGCCCUGCACAUGGGCAUCACCUGGUGGGCGCCCAAGGUGAAGGCCGAGAUGGAGACGCUGGUGCGGGAGAAGGGCGUGAACUCCUUCCAGAUGUUCAUGACCUACAAGGACCUGUACAUGCUGCGGGACAGCGAGCUCUACCAGGCCCUGCGCGCCUGCCGCGACUUCGGCGCCAUCGCCCGCGUGCACGCCGAGAAUGGAGAGCUGGUGGCCGAGGGAGCCAAGGAAGCUCUGGAUCUGGGCAUUACGGGCCCCGAGGGCAUCGAGAUCAGCCGGCCUGAGGAGCUGGAAGCUGAGGCCACGCACCGCGUCAUCACCAUCGCCAACCGGACCCACUGCCCCGUGUACCUGGUGAACGUGUCCAGCAUGUCCGCGGGGGACGUCAUCGCCGCCGCCAAGAUGCAGGGGAAGGUGGUGUACGCAGAGACCACCACGGCGCACGCCACGCUCACCGGGCUGCACUACUACCACCAGGACUGGUUCCACGCCGCCGCCUACGUCACCGUGCCGCCGCUGCGCCUGGACACCAACACCUCUGCCUACCUCAUGAGCCUGCUCGCCAACGACACGUUGAACAUCGUGGCCUCGGACCACCGGCCCUUCAGCACCAAGCAGAAGGCCAUGGGCAAGGAGGACUUCACCAAGAUCCCCCACGGCGUCAGCGGGGUGCAGGACCGCAUGAACAUCAUCUGGGAGCGCGGCGUGGUGGGGGGCAAGAUGGAUGAGAACCGCUUCGUGGCCGUGACCAGCUCCAACGCCGCCAAGAUCCACAACCUGUACCCCCGCAAGGGCCGGAUCAUCCCCGGCGCCGACGCCGACGUCGUGGUCUGGGACCCCGAGGCCACCAAGACCGUGUCUGCCAGCACGCAGGUGCAGGGCGGGGACAUCAACCUGUACGAGAACAUGCGGUGCCACGGCGUGCCCCUGGUGACCAUCAGCCGCGGGCGCGUGGUCUACGAGAACGGCGUCUUCAUGUGCGCCGAGGGCACCGGCAAGUUCUGCCCGCUGCGCUCCUUCCCCGACGUCGCCUACAAGAAACUGGUGCAGCGGGAGAAGACUCUGAAGCUGCGGGGUGUGGAUCGCACCCCGUACCUGGGGGACGUGGCCGUGGUCGUGCAUGCCGGGAAAAAAGAGACGGGGACGCCCCUGGCCGAUACGCCCACCCGGCCGGCCACGCGACACGGGGGCAUGAGGGACCUGCACGAGUCCAGCUUCAGCCUGUCCGGUUCUCAGAUCGAUGACCACGUUCCAAAACGAGCCUCGGCCCGCAUUCUCGCUCCCCCCGGGGGCCGGUCGAGCGGCAUCUGGUAGAGCCGGGGCCGUGUCCCCCAAGUGAGCACCGGGCGCACGGCCCGGCCCCGGCCCGGCGGGGCUGCCCGGCCGCGGGGCUCCCUGGCCCGGCCCCGUGCUGCCGGCGGGGCCGUGCCGGGCGGGGCCGUGCCGGGCCGGGCCGGGCCGUGCGCGGGGGCCGCGGAGGGCCGGGGGCAGUGGGUGCCCCCCGCCCCGGCCCUUUUCUGUUUGCACGUUGGAUUUGGAUCAGUGAAUUUUUGACUUGUUUGUGCAUCACGUGGAAAUACUCUGAAGUGGUUUGUGUCACUAGCGUAGGGGAGACGCAGGGACCCCCCCCCCCACACCCCCCUUUGUGCCCCAGCCCCGACCCCCAGCCCCAAGGCAGGACCCCACCCUGAUCCCACUGCUGCCCCCCUGCAGGAAUCGGCAUCUCUCCAGCCCCCCUCCCUGACCCCCAUUCCCAUCCCUGACCCCCAAUCCCUGACCCCCGUCUCCAUCCCAACCCGAGCCCCCAGCCCCUCAUUUCCCAUCCCUGACCCCCCUCCCUGACCCCCGUCUCCAUCCCUGACCCCAGCCCCAAUUCCCAUCUCUCCAUCCCCCUCCCUGACCCCCAUCUCCACCCUGACCCCCCAUCCCGACCCCAGCCCCCCAUCCCCAUCCCUUUCCCUCAUCUCCACCCUGCCCCUGCCCCCUUCCCCUCCCUGCACCUCCCCCUCCCCACCCCGAGCUCCCCCAGCCCCGCAGCGAGCGGUGUCGCACCCCUGGGUCACACCUGAGUGACACCUGGGUCACACCUGGGUCACACCUGGGUCACACCUGGGUCACACCCUGUGUCACACACCCUGUGUCACACCCCUGUGCCACGCCUGCACGGGCCCAGGGCGUGUUUGCACACACCUGUGCUCAGGUGAACCCCUGGGCAGGUGUCCCCUGUCCCACCUCUGUGACCCCUGUGCCACGCCCUCCCCUGCCCAUGUCCCCUCCCCUGUCACCCCUCCCUCCAGGUGGGUCCCGGGUGCCAGCCGUGUCCCCUCCCGCUGUCCCCUCCCUCCAGGUGGGUCCCGGGUGCCAGCCGUGUCCCCUCCCCUGUCACCCCUCCCCUCCAGGUGGGUCCCGGGUGCCAGCCGUGUCCCCUCCCGCCGUCCCCUCCCCGCCGGCUCCCCAGCCGUGCCCCGGGCGCGGUGUCCCCGGUGUCCCCGUGUCCCCCGUGCCCUCCCCGUAGGUCCCGUAGGUGUUGGGGGCGGUGGCGCCCGGCGGGUCGCGUGUCCCCGGUGUCGCACGGCCGAUGUAGGAACCGCCCGUUGUGUGCUCAUUAAAGACCCUUCACAGCCCC